AUGAAUUACAUUGAGAAUAUAGAUCACUUAUAAGGUAUAAUCACUUAUUUUAUUAGUUCCUUCCUUAAAUAUAAAAAUUAAGACUUCCAAACCUCUUGCUCCAAAUGCAGCAAAAUACAGUGAAUUUAUGUGA